UCCACUCUCGAUGCGUUCGCACAUUAAACAAAAUAAUUUCGGCAUUUUGCAGCAGUAAAGUACAUCUAACUAUUUAAAAUUCUUGUGCAAGUCGUUUAGAGGGGUUUCCCGAGAUGUUUACGCCCAACACGAACGCCCCGAUUGGCGGCGCCUCUGCAGCACCCGGCGCUUUUGCUUUUGGCGCGCGACCGGCGACGACGACUGCUCCGCCACCAUCCUUCGGAGCCGCCACCUCCACGCCGUCCUUCGGAGCUGCUCCGGCUGCCUCCUCCCUGUUCGCAGCUCCGGCGGCCACGCCUGCUUUUGGCACCGCCCCCGCCGCAGCGCCCGCCUUUGGAGCUCCAGCUGCAGCAAGUACUUUUGGAGCACCUGCAUCUACUACCGCCUUUGGAGCACCCGCUGCUACGCCCGCCUUUGGAGCUCCAGCCGCAGCCACUUCCGCCUUUGGAGCCCCGGCUGCAGCCACUCCCGCCUUUGGAGCCCCAGCUGCCACCCAAGCGUCGGCCUUUGGAGCACCUGCACCCGCCGUGGGCACCGUGGCGCCCACCUUCUCCUUUGCCACGCCGGCCACAAGUGCUCCGACCACCGCACCGCCGGCCUUUGGAUUCGGAACCACAGCCACAACAUCUGCAGCUGCGAUGCCAUCGGCACUGGGAUCCACCGGCAUCGGAUCCUUUGCCUUCGCCAAGCCACAGGCCACCACGGCGGCGAGUUUGAACUUUAACACCACCACCACGACGGCCACGGCACAGCCCUUCAACACGGGCCUCAAACUGGGCACCACCAGCGCAACGACAGCUAUUGGCGGAGGAGGAGGAAUCUUUGGCAAGCCAGCUGCCCCGGCAACGUCGACUUUUGUGGGCCUGGGCGGGAUUGAUGUGAGUGCCACGCAGCCCAAGUUGGGGGAUAACAAGCAGAAUGGGAUUAAGAUCAAGGAGACCCAAGUGCCCGACGAGAUAGUCAAGACGGUGGACGCCUUGAAAGCGUACAUCAAGCAGCAGAAGACCAUCUCCUCGGACAUUGGCCGCACUUCCACCUCCAAGUUCACGAAUGUGACCCACGAGAUCGCCAACUUGAAGUGGGCCCUGCAGAACAUGGCCAAUGCGGUGGAGGGCAACAACCAGCAGAUUCGUCUGAUGCGUCAGGAGACCGCCAAGGCGAUUCAAUCUUUGGAGAUGGCCCAGCGCACCCAGGACACGCCCGCGGGCCUGCAGUUCGAGCACAGCGCUCCCUUCCAGUACUUUCAGUGCCUGGUGGCCAAGUACGAGCAGGAUUUGAUCGCCUUUCGCCAGCAGAUCGCUUUGACCGAACGCCACAUGCACGCGCUGUCCAAUCCGCAGAGUAUUUCGCCCGAGGAUCUGAAGCGAGGCUUUCGCCAGCUGAACGAGAGCUUCAUCUCGCUGGCGGGACGUCUGCAUGAGCUGCACCAGCGCGUGGAGGAGCAAAAGGAGCACUAUCUGAACCUCAGGCGCUAUCGACUGCGGGACGCGACCAACGUUUUCGAGCGGAUCGACAAUCCGCCGCUGCCGUCGGUGGAACCCCAGAGGAUUAGCAGCGGUCCAACGCCCUUCUCCAACAUCUCGGCCCUGAUGAAUAAAUCCUAUGCGGCGGCCGCAAAUUCCGCCAGCAAUGCAGCGGCCAAGUGAGAGUGGAGUUGUUUUCAAGUUUUGAAUAAAUCGUUAUGUA